UCGUUGCCUUCAGCUGGGGCAGCAGGAAAGCGGCGAGCAAAGAACAGGAACGCCGCACCGCACUGGCAACCUGCUCCGGAAGAAAAGAAACCCAGCUCGACCCGAAGCGAAGACUCUCUAGCAAUCGCCAAAGCCAAAAACCUCGGGAAGUGAUAGUUACAGGUUCACUGAUGGCUCAGUUGGGAGCAAUUGUGGCUGUGGCUUCCAGCUUCUUUUGCGCAUCCCUCUUCUCAGCUGUCCACAAGAUAGAAGAGGGACAUAUUGGAGUAUAUUACAGAGGUGGUGCCCUGCUGACCUCCACCAGUGGCCCUGGUUUCCAUCUCAUGCUCCCUUUCAUCACCUCCUAUAAGUCUGUGCAGACAACUCUCCAAACAGAUGAAGUGAAGAACGUACCAUGUGGGACCAGUGGUGGGGUGAUGAUCUACUUCGACAGAAUUGAAGUGGUGAACUUCCUGGUCCCAAAUGCAGUGUAUGAUAUAGUGAAGAACUAUACUGCAGACUAUGACAAGGCCCUCAUCUUCAACAAGAUCCACCAUGAGCUCAACCAGUUCUGCAGCGUCCAUACACUUCAGGAAGUCUACAUCGAGCUGUUCGAUCAAAUUGAUGAAAACCUCAAGUUGGCUUUGCAGCAGGACCUGACCUCCAUGGCACCUGGGCUUGUUAUUCAAGCUGUACGAGUGACAAAGCCCAAUAUACCUGAGGCAAUCCGCAGGAACUAUGAGUUGAUGGAGAGCGAGAAGACAAAGCUGCUCAUUGCAGCCCAGAAACAGAAGGUGGUGGAAAAGGAGGCAGAGACAGAGAGGAAGAAGGCCCUCAUUGAGGCAGAAAAAGUGGCUCAGGUUGCAGAAAUCACCUAUGGGCAGAAGGUAAUGGAGAAGGAGACGGAGAAGAAGAUUUCAGAAAUUGAAGAUGCUGCAUUUCUGGCCCGGGAGAGGGCGAAGGCUGACGCUGAGUGCUACACUGCUCUGAAGAUAGCAGAAGCAAAUAAGCUCAAGCUGACUCCAGAAUAUCUGCAGCUGAUGAAGUUCAAGGCCAUUGCUUCCAACAGCAAGAUUUACUUCGGCAAAGACAUCCCCAACAUGUUUAUGGACUCUGCAGGUCUGGGCAAGCAGUUUGAGGGGCUGACUGACAAGCUGAGCUUCGGCUUAGAAGAUGAGCCCGUAGAGGCAACCACGAACGAAAAUUGAAAAAAAAAAAAAAUGUAUACAACCUCUGAUUGUGCCGCUUAGAGAGAUCUUUAUUUUUUAAGAUGAGACAGAAUGUUCCUCCUUUCCACACUACCUUCUUUGACUCUUCAAUUUACUGUGGUAAAAAAGGAAGAAAUGGACAUAAAUCUACUCCCUUCUGGGAAGGGAGAGCAGAUGGAGAAUUGUUUUUUGGUUUCAUUUUUAAUUCAGGUAAGUAGGUUAUAUGAUUUCUGAUAAGGUGUGUAUACCAUAUAUUUGACCUCUGACCUUCAGGCACCAAUUUGGUCCCUUUGAAGCUGGCUUAACUGCAGAUACUAUCAAUGUGACGUGGGAGACAUGUGGCUGCUGCCUCCUCUUGGUUUGAUUCCCUUCAUGGGAAAAGUUAUUCCAUAGUUUUCUCCCUUGCCUCUAACGCAGGCAAUGUCAGCAUGUGGGGUUCAUAACAGAAGGGGCACCUGCUAUGGAACACCAGCUGCAGAGAGUGUUGGCCUGCUGGGCUUUUUUGACAGUGUGAGUGGGUUAUUCUAGAGCUAAGCUGUUGUUGAGCCUCCUUAGGAAGAACCUGGUGCUAGGUUUUGCAAGGUUUCUAUACACUGUACUUGUGCUCUAGUGUUUUCCGACUACACCUCUCCGCAGCAGGGCUCAGUCACCACCACACACUCCUUUUCAAAUUUUUCACCUGAUCUGUGAUUUGAUUUCUUCUUGGAUAACCCAUUAAUUCCACUCAGCAUUAAGAUGGGAACAAACAAGUGUCGUACUAGCUGAUGAAGUAGGCUCCUUAUACCCAUUAGCACUGUAGUGCUGUUUGGCUAAUUAUGUGAAUACUUUUGAAACCAAAUGACUUUAUCUUUGUGGAGACUCUUCAUUGACGAGCUCUCGUGACUGAGGAGAAGGAGCCAGCCAGCAGACAUCCAGGUAGUAGAGCCUAUGGCCUUUGUUGGGGGUUUGUCUGACAUACUGAUAAAAGGAGCUCUUAAAUCCAAAGAGGCAGCUACACAAGAGUUCAUGCCAUGCCCCAUGGGCUGCACUAAAUCACCGUGGUUUGUUUUUCUUUGCUAGUUAGAAAGACAGUGGGUCACCCUAGGAGGUUCAGAAUGACAAGAACAAAUAGAGAUCUUAGAUCCUGAAACUGGGCUUGGGGUACGGCUCCAACAUGGCCUGUGAGUGCUACACAGGAUGCCCUUGUGGAGAGCAGCUGUGCAGUUAAUUUGAAGACAUGGCAAUGCCCUGUGUAACUGUGGCCAGCUCCCGCUUAAGAUUUGGCCUUGGUGUUAGCUGCUCCCUGCCCUAUCCUCAUAUACACACAAAGCACCUACUGUUAUCUUUUAGGUGACUACUAUAAAUGAUAUUAUCUGGCAUUAAUUCCCACCUCAUUUUUGGUUCUGUAAGUCAGCCCAGCUUGCUCCUAAGUAGCACCAGGCUUGUCAGGUUUUUGGGUAGCAUUCAGCCUGCCUAAAAAAAGACAAAAAUUGAUUCUGCUUACCUCAAAUGUUGCCCUUCUCUCUUCUAACUCCUCACACUGAGAUUUCUCAAGCCACUGGUCCUGGUCACACUUUGUGCAAACUAUAAAAUGUUCCUGGCAAGGAUGGAUUUUAAAGUACUCAAAAGUUCUUGCAAAAGUGGUUGGUUUUUUUCCCCAAGACCAAUUCAUCUUCCUCCCAUUGGCUGCUGUUAAUCACUUGCUGAGAGCAGCUUGCUGUACCCUCUUCCAUCUGAGCCUCAGAAAACACUACUUCACUGGAGUCGGUGCAGGAGUAUAAGGGUAUCUCACCAAGUGGCACCCUCCCGGUUUGAAAGUCUCUUUGCUUCUGACAUUCUGAAAGCUCAUCCCUUGAUUACAAAGAGUCACAAUAAAGUCCUGCUGCAACUGCUGCUUCCCCACCCCUGUAACGUCACUUCUUUAAAGAAAACAUGUAAAUGUUCCUAUGUCAUAAACAUAAAUUCAGUAGUUGUUGGUAUCUGUCACAGCAGGAAAAUCAUGGAAUUCAGCUGUCCUUUUAGCAUGGGAUACCUGGCCCAUCUGUCUUUGUGACUUUGUUUUUUGUAAUACUAGAAAAUCUGAUCGUAAAGCAUUUGAAUUCUAAACAUAAAAUGUGAUAAGCCUGCAGUUUUGUAGGCAGUGAAGUCUAUGGCUGCUAUUUUUAAGUAGAACUUCUAUCAAAAUAACUGUAAAAUUUAGUUUUUGUAGGACUUUUCCCAAGGAACAGCCACCUUGGUGGAAUGUUUCUCACUAAACUUUGCAACAGCAUUUCGUACCCAGUACAGUUUUUAAUCACUUUCAAUAUAUAGUCAGAGUGUUUGUAAGAAAGCCUAAAGUUUAAUAAUUUUUAUAUAACUAAAAAUAGAUAUGGAAGAAUCAGUGUGGUUUCUGAGUUGGGAAGGGACCACUGAAUGAGGCUGAGUAAUAAAAUGCUCUAAAAAGGGGAGAUAUUUUAUAAAUGAUCUGUGGUCUGUAUAUGUCCUGUGAAGAAAAGUUAGCCAUGGUUACUGACCUGGACUAUCGUAAGUUGGAGUUUGAUAAACUGUACCUUGACAAACAGCUACUCUGUAAACUUCACCUAUUCUGUUGUCUUUAGUGGGAUUCUAGCCACUGUUUGUUUCAUUAUAAAAGCUGUAAUGGGCAAUCGUGUUUGAACUUCCAUUCCUUUUUAUCUCUACUUCUGUGUAAACUAGUGAUUGAAUAGACAAAGUAAUUUUUUCAAUGAGCCCCAAGGGCAUUAAUAAGCCUUUAUAACUGAGAAAUGAUUCUUGGUAUAUUAAUCAUUCCAUAAAUGAUACUACUAGAUUAAUUGCCAUGGGUUAAUAGCUGCAGGAAUUGUUUCAGACAACACAAAAGAUCUCAUGUGAAUAUACUUAUCUUUUGGAUUUAAUUUUAGUCUUGCUAAAUAAAAUGUCUGUCUUUACUUUUA